ACACAACAUCAAAACAAGCUUGAUAAAGAGAGAUAACUUUCUAAGAGAAAUCUCUUAAAGCUAUUACUCCUUCCUUCAUCAAUGGCUUACUCUAAGAUUGCUCUUCUACUUGUUUUGAAUGUCAUCUUCUUCACUUUUGUCAGCUCGACUUCUGCUCAUUGUCCACCACCACCGUCCAAAACCCCCACCAAGAAGCCCUCACCGUCGUCUCCUUACCCCAAACCAACUUGUAAAGAUGCUCUGAAACUCAAGGUAUGUGCCAACGUGUUGAAUUUGGUUAAGGUUUCUCUACCACAAAAGGCCGAAUGUUGCAGCCUUGUCCAAGGUCUAGUUAAUCUCGAUGCCGGAGUCUGUCUCUGCACCUCCUUGAAGGCUAAUGUCCUUGGCAUUAUUAAUCUUCGUGUUCCUCUUUCACUGAGUGUUCUCUUUAACCAGUGCCGUACCAAGGUUCCAUCUGGUUUCCAAUGUGCUUAGAGCUAACACAUUUUUCAAUCGAUGUUCUAAAUUGUCACUAAAACUACAAUUCUUGUUUCAAAAUUUCUUGUAAUUUCCAAUUUUCUUGUUUUAUUCUGCUAUAAUGUAUUGUUUGUAAUUUCUUAAUGUUUUAUUAAUGGAAUAAGGUGUUUUCGUUAAG